AUGUCUGAUACAGCAAGCGAACAACUACCGGCUCUCCCCUCGGACAUUACUCCCCAGUGGUUAGGAGAGAAGCUAGGGCACAGGGUCAAGUCAAUCGAGAAUACCUCUCAUAUUUGGGGUACGGCCAGCAAACUAUUCUAUGCCAUUACAUAUGAAGAUGAGAGCAGCGAUGCGCAGCCAAACCACAUCUGCAUCAAAGGCGUCUUCGACCCUAAGAUGAUUGAAGCGCAGCCAUGGACAGUUAGCCUCGCGCAACGAGAGGCCGAGUUCUUUGCUAAAGUUGCGCCAAACGUCAAAAACAUGAUUUUCCCAAAGAGCUGGUGGAGCGGUUUGAGUGACAAGCAGGGUAUCGCCAUCAUGAACGAUUUGACUACCGAGGGCUGCACUUUCCCCACCGAGACCGCCUCGUAUCCAGUUGAGAAAGUUUUGAACGGUGUUGAGCAGUUGGCUGGUCUACAUGCGCAGUACUGGGGCCAGAGCCAGGAUGACCAUCCAUGGAUUUGGAAUAACUACGACCCGGCCAUGAAAUUCAUGUGCACGUCAUGGGAUGAAGUCGUACGAGCUCCUGGCCGUCCCCAGCUACCUGAGUACCUGAUGGAUGGUAAGCGAUGUAAUGAGGCCCUAGACCGCUAUUAUGCGGAACGUAAUCCGAGAUUCCGUACACUCCUUCACGGCGAUACCCACAUCGGCAACGUCUACUUUACGUCUAGCGGACGCAUCGGUUUCCUUGACUGGUCAGCCUUCCACUUUGGAUCCUGCUUCCAUGAUGUUGUCUAUCACAUGACAGCCAUGCUAAGUGUUGAAGACCGUCGCUCACAUGAAAUGGAGAUCCUGGAUCACUACCUCGAUACGUUGCAUCGCCUUGGCGGGCCCAAGUUUGACCGUCACAAUGACCCUGAAGUCAUGAUCGAGUUUCGACGCUCCUUCAUGACCAACGUCAUCUGGCUCAUCUGUCCUGAUGGCUUGCAGAGCAAAGAGCGCGUGGCGGUCUUGUGUGAGCGCACCGUUGCCGCUUACGACGACCAUAAGGUCAUCGAUGUCAUUCUUGGCCAGCCCAAGCCGGCAACUUCAGAAUGA